ACCUCUUCUCAUCUCCAUUCUCGCCUUUGGCAUCACUUUCUACCUCGUCAGACAGGACCAGUCUCGAUACCCUACUACGUCGACCCCCGAACCAUAAUCCAUAACCAUGACUUUCACCACCGGCAUCAACGACUGGGAGACGUACCUCAAGGGGCUGACGCCCUGUCGGUUCCCGAGGUUCGGCCGUGUUUCCAACAAUACCGCAGCUCCAUCCCGGCAGACCUCAUCAGUCCGGGUGGAUGUUGGGCAGGCAGAAAAGCUGCGGGAGCUGUCCACAACCGAUCCCAACGAGUUGGCUGCUGUUAUCCGGACGGCAUGGGCGUUGCUGUUACGGUGCUACACAGGCCAAGAUGAUGUCGCCUUUGAAUUCCAACUCGGCGGCGGAGGCAUCACCAGCGAACCCAUCGUGGCCCGUUUCCUCCUUGACGAGAGCGAGUCUGUCGCCCGAACGGUGGGCCGUGCUAAGGUGGAGAAAAUCAAUGAUCUCCCCCGGGUCCCACCCCGGCUCCAACAAACCGGAAACUCGGAUCUGUCAAUUUUUGACACAUCCGUGGUGUUGUGGAGCUUCACAGCCGGAUCGACACCCUGCCCUGUUUUGACACCGGAACAACACAAGAUCCGGCUGCUCGCGAAGCGCGGCGAGUCCAGUCUGAGCCUGUUUCUUGAAUGGAGCAGCAACCAUCUCGGCAUGUCUGCGGCGCAGGGUGCACUGGUUGCCAGCACGCUGGACAAAAUCCUGUCGGGCAUUGUCACAAGUUCCCCUGGCGCACCCCUGAGCUCGCUGGACUUCAUGAGCCAGAAUAACAUGCACCGCGUCCGGGAGUGGAACGAUAGCUAUUCGAUCCAGCCAGUAGAACGCUGUGUCCAUGAUGUGGUUGCGGACCGAGUGCUGGAGAAUCCCGAUGCCGAAGCUGUUUGUGCCUGGGACGGCUCACUCACGUAUGGCGAGUUGGAUGCUGUGACUGGUACUCUAGCUUCCUGGCUGGUGGCGCUCGGAAUCGGUCCCGAGGUCCUAGUACCGCUUUGCUUCGAGAAAUCGAAAUGGACGGUGGUAGCUAUGCUUGCGGUGCUUAGGGCUGGCGGGGCCUUUGUGCCCCUAGACCCAUCCCAUCCCUUUGAGAGGCUUCGGGGUCUGUGUGACUCGGUCGGGGCCAAACUUGUGUUGUGCUCCAGCCACCUCGCCCCGGGGCUUGUCGGGGUGGUCGAUAAAGUGCUGCCAGUAAACGACAACACCAUUGCCGAGGCUACAACCGCCGAAUCAGCAGAGGGUUCUACGAGCAGAUCCAGUGUCAACAGCACCAAUGCAGCAUAUGUUAUUUUUACAUCUGGUUCUACCGGCAAGCCCAAGGGCACCCUCAUCGAACACCAGGCUUUCUGUUCUAGUGCCAGGGCGCAUGGUCCAGCCCUGCGUAUCGAUGGCACCUGCAGGGUGUUGCAGUUUGCAGCCCAUACCUUUGACGCCAGCCUGGUCGAGAUAUUGACGCCGUUGAUGGUGGGAGCCACCGUCUGCAUCCCCGACGAGCAUGAGCGUCUCAACGAUCUUGCUGGUGCGAUGAACCGCAUGCGCGUUGACCACGCCGUGCUUACCCCCUCCUUCAUCAACUUCCUCACCCCAGCCACCGUGCCCGGGCUACGCAGGCUUGUCUUGGCGGGCGAGGCCAUGUCACGUUCUCACGUCGCCACUUGGUCGCACAUCGAGCUUGUCAACGGCUACGGGCCGGCUGAGAGCUCUGUGGCGGCUGUGGUUAAUCCCAGUGUUGGGCCCCUGACCGAGGCCACCGACAUUGGCUUGCCCUGCGGCGUGCGAGUGUGGCUGGUCGACCCCACCGACCACAACCGGCCCGUCCCCGUUGGCUGCGUGGGCGAGAUGCUCCUCGAGGGCCCAAGCCUGGCUAGGGGCUACUUGAACGACGCAGCUAAGACGGAGGAGAGCUUCAUCUUUGGCCCGGAAUGGGCUCAGGGUUCGGACAAUGCCCCUCGCCGUUUCUACAAGACGGGUGACUUGGCACGCUACAACUCGGCUUCUGGCUCCUUCAGCUACAUCGGCAGGAAGGACACCCAGAUCAAGCUUCACGGGCAGCGUAUCGAACUCGGGGAGAUCGAGCACCACCUUGCUGUUGACGAAGACGUCCGGCACGCCAUGGUCCUUCUCCCGAAGAAGGGACCCCUGGCCAAACGCCUGAUUACCAUCCUCUCGCUUUCGGAUCCCACUGCUGGUUCUGUCGACAGCCAAAAGUCGGGAGGCGCGGCCUUGAGCCUUGCCAGAAACCCGUCAUUGACCGAACCCAUUCUGGAGCGUAUUCGAACACGGCUGGGUGCGCGUCUGCCGGCAUACAUGGUACCGUCAACGUGGUUGUGUGUUGACGGUAUUCCCAUGCUGGCUUCUCGCAAGAUGGACCGUAAAACCGUCGCUACCUGGAUCGAAACCACCCUUACUGCCGAGCAAUGUCAGGAGGUCAUAAGGGAGCAGCAUGCUGUCAAACCGAAAGCAAGCUCGGGCGAUGGCAAAUCCAAUAAUACCCCCCUAACCGAGGUUGAAAUCAAGCUCCGUGAGACCUGGAGCCUGGUCCUGAACUUCCCCGCCGACGACAUCGACCCCGACGACCGCAGCUUCCUUAGCUUGGGAGGCGAUUCUAUUUCGGCUAUGGCCUGCGCGAGCCACGCCAAGAAGGCACGGCUCGGCGUAUCCGUGCAAGAUGUCCUCAAGGCCAAAUCCUUGAGGCAGCUGGCCACCGUAGCCAAAGUGUUGAGCCAACCAAGCGAGGACCAAGUCGAUGGGGAUGAAGACGCCGAAAAGGGGUUGCUCAAAGUGCCUUUCGAUCUCACCCCGAUCCAACAGCUGCACUUCGAGGUUCGGGGUGGGGCUCACGGUGACGAACAUUUCAACCAGAGCUUCUGUCUGCGUCUUGCCCGCCGGGUGGAAGCGGCUGCCGUCCGAAAUGCCAUCGAGGCUGUUGUGAAGCGCCACGCCAUGCUCCGGGCUCGCUUCGAACGGAGCGAGGACGGACAGUGGAAGCAAUUCAUUACGUCUGACGUGGAUGGGUCCUAUCGUCUUCGGACUCAUACGAUAACGACUCGCGUUGAGGCUGACACCGGCAUUGCAAGCGCACAGAGCUGCCUAGAUGCGCGUUCUGGCCCCCUGUUUGCCGCAGAGCUAUUCGCUUUGCAAGACAACGGCGAGCAGAUGCUCUUCAUGACGGCGCACCAUCUUGUCAUUGACCUCGUGUCAUGGCGAGUGGCCAUGGAAGAGAUCGAGGAGCUCUUAGAGAACCCUUCGGCCGCGGCUGUUUAUCGGUCACUGCCGUUCCGGAAGUGGGCAGCGCUGCAGACGGACGACUGCGCUGGUAGACCUCUCAAGCAAGUCCUCCCCUCUGCCGACCAAGUGCCCGAUCCCCAAUUUCCCUACUGGGGAAUGGGCGACCGGCCCAACUUGUACGGCGACGUCGCAUGCCAGGGAUUCGAUCUCGACACCAGCACUACCGACACCCUCAUCAACGAGUGCAAUUCUCCUUUCCGCACCGAGACCGUUGACCUACUCCUGGCGGCGCUCAUUUGGUCUUUCCAAACCACAUUCCCCGACCGCACAGCACCAGCCAUCUUUAACGAGGGCCAUGGCCGCGAACCCCCCAAUGAAGAGAUCGACAUUGCCCGCACCGUUGGCUGGUUUACGACCCUCUUCCCCGUUGCGCUUUCUUCCCCCACCACUUUCGCCGACGCCCUCAUCCAGACCAAGGACCUCCGCCGGCGUGUCCCGGGUAAUGGGCGACCUUACUUCGCUGCCCGUUUCCACACCCCUGAGGGCCGUGAACAAUGGGCUCGCCGACACAGGGACAUGGAAGUAUCCUUCAACUUCCUCGGUCGCUACCAGCAGCUCGAGCGUAAGGGUGCCCUAUUCCAACCCGCUGAGGGCGCCCUUAUGGCUGGCGAGGCGCAUCCCGGCAGCCCAACGGCCGACUUUGGAAGCAAGGCGCCACGGUUUUCUCUCUUUGAGAUCUCUGCCGUGAUUAUCCAAGGUGCCUUGCGGUUUGGGUUUGCCUGGAAUGGCGGUAUGCAGCACCAGGACCGGAUCCGCGAGUGGGUUGCCAACUGCCGUGGCGUGUUGGCUGAGGCUGCUGCGACUCUCCCGGUGAUGGGGAAUAGAAUGACGGUUGGUGACCUCGUGUUGCUUCCUGAUCUCGCUCCCGCGGAUCUCAAAGCCUUUGAGCAAACCACGCUACCUGCUUUGACUGGGGAACGUGGUUGGGAUGCAACUGAGGAGAUCUAUCCCGCUUCUCCCAUCCAACAGGGGCUGCUGCUGAGCCGAACCAAGGAUGGGAACUUCUAUGCCGUGCGUCGGGCCUUCCGAGUCAAGCUUAACGGUGAAGAGAACAACACUGUCGAUGCGCAGCGGGUGGUGCGAGCGUGGAAGGACGUCGUCCGCCACCAUGCGCUACUCCGCACCAUCUUUGUCGACGCCAUCAGCCAGACUCAGGCCGGGAGCUACGAUCAGGUGGUCUUGAAAGAUGUGAAACCCCCAAUGGUUGUACGUGAGUGCCCCGACGGCACCGAGAUCUCCAGCCUGGUCGAGAGUCUAGAGCCCGUGGAAUACCGAAACGACGCACCGCAGCACCGUUUUUCCGUCUUCCAUAACAGCGACAGCGUCGUCUGCGUCCUAGAGAUGAGUCACGCUAUUAUGGACGGUGCUUCCAUGGAUAUCCUUCUGCGCGACCUCGGUCGUGCUUAUGAAGGGAAUCUUCAACACCUGGAAAAGCCGCGGUUCAGCCCCUUCCUCGCCAGCCUGCAGCAACGAAACCUCGAGGCCGAUGUGGCAUUCUGGAAGAACCACCUUUCUGGCCUUGAGGCUUGCCACUUCCCCAUCCUCAACGACGGCAUCAACGUUUCUGAGACUGAAAGAAAGAUGUGUACGCUGCGUGUCGAAGUCCCCGGUUUGGCUGCGCUGCAAGAGUUCUGCAGCGGGGCGGGGUUCACCCUACCCAAUGCCUUUCACGCCGCCUGGGCUUUGACGCUUGCGCACUACACUGGCACCGACGACGUGUGCUUUGGAUAUCUUGUCUCAGGGCGCGAUGCCGCGCUUGAGGGUUCGGAAGAUGCUGUCGGCCCCUUCAUCAACAUGGCCACCCAACGGAUCAAGGUCGGCGGCGAAGGCGAUGACCAGUUCUCUCUCCUGCGCCUCCUCGAGGCAGUGCAAAAGGACCAGCUCGACUGUAUGCCGUACGCCCAAACCUCGUUGGCUGAGGUGCAGCAUGCCCUCAACGUGCCGGGGGGUAUGGCUCUGUUCAACACGUGCAUCUCGUACCGCCGCUGUCAACCAAAGACGGAUACUUUGGGGAGUUCGCUCGUCUGCGAGGACCUGGGAGCUCUCCACGACCCGACAGAGUAUCCCAUCUCGCUAAACGUUGAGAUUGACGACGACGGAGGAGCUGCUAUUGACCUCGACUACUGGACCGAUGAGGUGGCCACCGCCCAGGCCAAGCAUGUUGCGGCAACCUUCUUGCAAGCCCUGCGUAACAUUGCUGAGCGUGCCGAGACACCCCUGUCGCGGCUGGAUAAUGUCCACAGCAUCAGCAAGGAGCACAUCUGGGCCUGGAACGCCAACAUGCCGGCCACCACCGCCGACUGCAUACACCGCAUGGUGGAGAGGCAGGUGGCACUCCGCCCUCAGGCCCAGGCCAUCCGUGGCUGGGAUGGCGACUUCUCGUACGAGGAGAUGAAUAACCUGGCCAAUCGUCUGGCACGUCAUCUCCUCGACUUUGGUGUCGGCCCCGAAACGCUCGUACCGGUGUGCUUCGACAAGUCUGCCUGGACAACCAUCUCCAUGCUUGCCGUUCUCAAGGCGGGCGGUGGAGUGGUGCCCCUUGAUGCUACUCACCCCGCGUCGGCGUUGGAGGGCAAGGUGGUUGAUGCCGGCGCCCAGGUCGUCGUCGCGUCCGAGGCCAGGGCCAUGAUGUUCGAGGCCAUGGUUCCGUAUGUGGUGGCAGUGGGCCCGAGGCUGCUGUCUCAACUCCCCGCGGCAGUUGAUGCCGAAGAGAUCCAGUCGGGAGUGACACCUGAAAACCCCGCCUUCAUCAUGUUUACUUCCGGCAGCACCGGCAAGCCCAAGGGCGUUGUUCUCUGCCACCAGGCCCUCGUCUCGAGCUGCCUCGCGCACGGUUCCGCCCUCGGCCUCGGUCCCCAUACCCGCUUCCUCCAGUUCGCUGCGCACACUUUCGACAACAGCAUCGAGGAGAUGUUUACCAAUCUCAUCCACGGCGGCUGUGUGUGCGUACCGUCGGACGCCGACCGACUUGGCGACUUGCCCGGUGCCAUUGACAGACUCGACGCCAACUUCAUGGACCUCACCCCCACCGUGGCGGUCAUGCUCCGGCCAGAGCAGGUGCCCAAGAUCAAGGGCAUGGCUGUUGGCGGCGAGGCUCUCACGCGCGAGGUGCUGGAUAUCUGGGGAGGUGUCAUCCCUGUGCACAACCAGUACGGGCCCAGCGAGUGCUCCAUCAAUUCGGCGCACAAGCUUCACCUCGAUAAGAACGGUGACGUUGGUAGCAUCGGAACCAACGUCGGUAGCGUCUCGUGGGUGGUUGACCCCAAGAACCAUGACCGGCUUGUGCCUGUUGGGUGUGUGGGCGAGCUGCUGAUCGAGGGCCCGAUCCUCGGUCGGGGCUAUCUCAAUAAACCCGUCGAGACCGCCAAAGCCUUCAUCGAGAUGCCGAAGUGGGCGCCUGAAGAUCCUCGCCACUCCGAGAGGGGCAACCGGAGGAUGUACAAGACCGGCGAUCUGGUACGGUACAACUCUGACGGCGCGCUCAUUUAUCUUGGGCGCAAGGACACGCAGAUCAAGCUCCACGGGCAGCGCAUUGAGCUGGGCGAGAUCGAGCAUCACGUCAAGAGCAACCUGCCCUCCACCGCGCAGUCCUCGGUUGAACUUGUGGUUCCUGCACAGUCCAAGAAGGCACUGGCUGUGUUUGUCUGUGCCUCGUCUUCUCAGACGGAUGAGAAGGUCCGAAUCCUUCCCAUGGACACACAGUUCCGCUCCCUCGCUCAAGGAAUUGUGGGGGCUAUGAGCGCCCAGGUCGCUUCCUACAUGGUGCCCCGACUGUUCUUCCCAGUUUCCAGAAUGCCACUCACCUCGUCAGGCAAGCUUGACCGUCGGUCGCUGCGUACCAUGGCCCAGGCAUUGCCCAACGUUGUCGACUAUCGCCUAGGCACCGAAUCCGCUGGCGGACGUGUACCGGAGACGCCCAUCGAGAAGCACCUCCAGGAGCUGUGGGCGGCGGUGCUCAAUGUGGCCGUCGGAUCCAUCACUGCUGACGACAGCUUCUUUACUCACGGCGGCGACUCGGUUGGUGCUAUGCGCCUAGCUGCUGCGGCUCGACAGAAGAACAUCGUCCUCACCGUGGCCAACAUUUUCAACUCACCCAAGCUCUCCGAGAUGGCGAAGACAGCGACCGGAAGCGGAGUGGAUGCCGAUACUAACGCAGGAAACAGCUCGGCCAGCAUUAUCCCCGAGAAUGAACCCGUCCCAGGUCCGGUGGAGCAAUUCUCCCUACUCAAAAACAAGGGUUCAAUAAGCUUAGAGGCAUUGCGAGACCAGGUGGCCUCCAUUUGCCGCAUCGAUGUUGGUUCUGUUGAGGACACGUACCCUUGCACCCCCUUGCAAGCAGGUCUGGUUGCGGCGUCCCAAAGACAGCCCGGGGCCUAUGUAGCCGUCAACUUCUACGAGCUGCCGUCUGGGAUCGACAUCGCGCGGUUCAAGCGGGCCUGGCAAGAGGUGGUCAAUUCGGAAGCCAUCUUGCGAACGCGGGUCGUCUUCGUUGAGGAUAUCGGCUUCCUGCAAGUCGUCGUGCGUGGUGAGAUCAACUGGAUCUCGGCAUCAAGCCCCAGCGACCUCCCAGAGACGCAUCGCCAUUUGCCACCUCACGACGGCGGUGUCCUGUCUCGGUACACCAUCAUCAACGAGGACAGCCUUCGACCAACCUUCGGCUGGACCGCGCAUCACGCCGUCUACGACGGAUGGAGCUUGCCAACGCUCCUGGGUCGUGUCGAGGAACGGUAUCAGCACCCGGAGGCGUCCUUGCCUGCAACACCUCAUUACUCUCGCUUUGUCGAGCACCUAUCUGCCAUCGAUGCUUCCGCCUCAGACACUUUCUGGACCGAGAAGCUCUCUGCCCCGAGCACCACCCACUUCCCGCAACUCCCCCACCCCGCCUACCGCGUCCAGGCCACCAGCCAAAUCACCCGACAAGUGCGCUUUAGCAAACCCAAGGGAGUCAGCCUAACGAUGGCAUCUUUCCUGCGCGCCGCAUGGUCCCUCGUCGUAUCUAUCUACUCAUCCUCGGACGACAUCAUCUUCGGCGAGAUCCUCAACGGCCGCGACGUCCCCGUCGCCGGAAUCGAGGACCUAGUCGGACCCACGCUAGCGUCCGUCCCGCGGCGCGUCCGCAUCGACCGCGACAUGACCGUCCAGCAACUCCUCAUCGACGUGCAGAACCAGCUGAACGACGUCAUCCCCCACCAGUUUGCCGGCCUACAGCGCAUCAAGAGCCUCAGCCCCGCGACCUCGACCGCGUGCGACUUCAAGAACCUGCUGGCCAUCGACAUGGCCGACGAGGUGGCCGAGAACGGCCUCUGGAGCAACAUGACGGGCGGCGGCACGGCUCAAGGGCCGGAUUUCUUCAGCCUGCCGCUCAAUGUCACUUGCACGUUGGGCCGUGGUGGAAGCGGGGUCGAGGAGAUCCAGAUGCGCGCCAUCUUCGAUGCUGAGGUUGUCCCGCAGUGGCAGGUCGUCCGGAUGCUCGGGCAGUUUGAGACCCUGUUGGCGCGGCUUUCAGCUCCGGAGAGCCAGGGCGAGAAGGUCGGGGAGGUGGACCUGCUCAGCCCGGAUGAUAGGGCUAUGCUGAAGGAAUGGAACACGACACCCGGACCGUUGGUCGAGCAGCGUGUCCAUGAUAUGAUCUCGGAGGAGCUGGCGCGUCGGGGUGCUUCUGAUGCUGCCGUUGUCGGCUGGGACGCGACCUUGACGGCCGGCGAGCUGGAUGCGCUUUCGACGGCGCUGGCAGGUGAGCUUGUGGUGAGGGGUGUUGGUGCUAACGGGAGCAGGUUCGUUCCGUUUUGCUUUGAGAAGUCGGCAUUUGCCAUCGUGGCGAUGCUGGCUGUGCUCAAGGCCGGCGCUGCGUUUGUUCCUCUGGAUCCGGCGCACCCUGUCGGUCGGCUCAGGGAGAUCGUUGGGGACUGUGGUGCCGACGUGGUCCUGUGCUCGCCGAAAUACGAGAGCUUGUGUGCCGACGUCGUCCCAACAGUCAUUCCAGUCGAUAUGGAGAUGCUUAAGAAGCUCGAGGAAAAGACGACGUCGACGGUGAUCUCGAAAGUUUCUCACACGGCCUUCUGCUCCGGUGCCGCCGCACACGGCCCGGUGAUGCUCAUGACACCCCCUUUCCGCUUCCUGCAAUUCGCAUCAUACACCUUCGAUGCCUCCUUGGUCGAAAUCCUGACGACACUCAUCUUUGGCGGCACCGUGUGCGUCCCCCAGGAGGAGGACCGCACCAACGGCAACAUCUCUACCGUCAUGGAGCAAAUGGGCGUCACCAUGACCCUACUUACGCCCUCGUUUGCCCGCGUUCUCGAGCCCUCAAGCGUCCCGCAUCUCAAGACCCUGAUCCUCGGAGGCGAAGCCAUGGCCCAAAGCCAUCUUGCCACUUGGGCCGGCAAAGUGAACUUGGUCAACGCCUAUGGCCCGAGCGAGUGUGCUGUUGUUGCGACGGUGAAUCCCAAGAUGCGUCGCUCCUCGAACCCGGCCAACUUGGGAAGAGGCCUCGGCCGCUGCUGGAUCGUGGAUCCCCAAAACCACAACCGCCUCGCGCCCCUCGGCUCCAUCGGUGAGCUGCUCGUUGAGGGCCCCACGCUCUCAGCCGGCUAUCUCAAAAACGAAUCGAAGACCCAAGAGGUCUUCAUUGAGAAUCCUCGCUGGGCGUCGGAGACAACAUUGCGCUAUCCGGACAUGCCGUCGACAACACCGCGCCGUAUGUACAAGACCGGCGACCUUGUCCGCGUAUGCGACGACCUCUCCGGCGAAAUGGUUUACAUGGGCCGAAAAGACGCCUCGCAAGCCAAACUCAACGGCCAGCGACUGGAGCUUGACGAGAUUGUCCACCACCUCGCCGCCGACGAUGCCGUCCGUCACGCCGUUGUUGUCCUCCCCAAGAGCGGGCCUUGCGUCAAACGUCUGGUGGCUGUCCUCUCGCUUCGGGCAACCACCACCAACGGUGCUGGCAAGUUUGAGUUGGUGACUUCCAACGAGGCAGCUUCCGCCCUGGAUCAAGUCCAGGACCGGCUGCGAGAAAAGCUUCCCGCAUACAUGGUUCCCUCAACCUGGAUGGUCCUUCAAAACAUUCCGCUACUGCCAUCUGGGAAGCUUGACCGCAACAGUGUCGCUCGCUUCGUUGAGGGCAUUUCCGAGGAUACACUUGACAAGAUUAACGGCGCUCGUGCUACUGGCCAAGCACAAGAGACCGGAAGCACCUCCCCCCAACGGUCGCUCCCCCUCGACGAGAGGCUCAAGUCCAUCUGGAGCCAGGUUCUCAACAUUACCCCCGAAAGGAUUGGCCGGAAUGUCUCCUUCCUUCACCUCGGAGGUGACAGCAUCACCGCCAUGCAGGUCAUGGCGAAAUGCCGAGCGCAGGGUAUCCGCAUUGCUGUGGCGGACAUCAUCAGCAGCAAGUCCGUUCAUGACCUCGCACUGAAGGCCAUCGUACCCAACGAGCAACAACAAUCCGCCGCUACCACAAUCGCUGGCGAAGAUCAGCACGAGUUCGACCUGUCGCCCAUUCAGCAGUUAUACUUCCAGCUUAUGUACGUGAGCGACAACAAGGGUUCCUCUACUAAGCCUCACGCGCAGUUCAACCAGAGCGUGCUACUGCGGCUAGCUAAGAACGCCACCUCCGAUCAACUGGCGCGCGGUCUGCAUGCCCUGGUCGAAACCCACUCGAUGCUCCGGACACGGUUCCGGCGCGACGGCACUGGUAACUGGCGGCAGAGGAUCACCUCGGACGUUAGCGGAUCCUAUCGUUUCAAGACGCACGUCAUCGGGAACGCGAGCCGCAUGGAGAAGCGUAUCCAAAACUCCCAGGAGGCGCUCAACUUCCAGAAGGGGCCGCUAAUGGCAGCGGACUGGUUCAGCGUCGGGAAGACCAACAGCGAGGUCUACGUCUUCAUCACCGCCCACCACCUAGCCAUCGACGUCGUGUCCUGGGGCAUCCUGCUCCAAGACCUCGAGGACUUCCUCGCCAAUGGCAACAUAAAGCCUCCAACCUCGCUACCCUUCCAGACUUGGACCCGGAAACAAUCGGAGAAGGCUCAGGCCGAGGAGAACGGGCCGUCCUUGCUCCCGCACCAUGAGACCUCAGCUGCGGACCUCGAAUACUGGGGCAUGACCGGCAUGCCUAACGUCCACGGGGACGCGAUCCACGCCAGCGGCAUCGAACUCGACAAUGAAACAACAGCCCUACUUCUCGGCCCGAACUGCCACGCCCCGCUACAAACCGAGGUUCUCGACAUCCUGCUGGCCGCCCUGUUGCUGUCAUACCGCAAGGCAUCGGGAGGUCGCCGCGGGGUGCCCACCAUCUACAAUGAGGGCCACGGCCGUGAGGUCUGGGACGAUGCGAUGGACCUGUCGCGCACCGUGGGAUGGUUCACAACGCUGUAUCCUGUCCACCUCCCGGAUGAAUCAUCUUCUGACGACGAAAUUGUCAGUGCUAUCCGAUGGGUCAAGGACUACCGGAAGCGCUUGGCCGGUAAAGGACGGCCCUACUUCGCCUAUCGCCUUCUCACAUCCGAAGGGCGUGAGGCGUAUGACAGCGGUUGGCCAGUCGAGGUCGCGUUUAACUACCUCGGUCAGAUGCAACAGCUCAACCGGGACGAUACCUUCCUCCAGUCCUUCGACAACGGGCAAGGUGCCAACGCAUCGUCCGACGUCGGCAAGGACGUGCCCCGCCUCGCGCUGGUUGAAGUCUCCGCCGUCGUUAUCGGCGGGAAGAUGACGCUGUCGUUCGCCUACAACAAACACAUGAAGCAUCAAGACUCCCUUGACAGAUGGGUCGAAGAGUGUCAGUCUCUCCUGCAGGAUGUCCCGCGGAGAUUGAUGCAGCACGCGCCCGAAAAGACACUCAGCGCAUUCCCCCUCCUGCCCCUUGCCUACUACGGCCUGGAGAACCUCGAUCAGAGACUCCAGGAAGUUGGCGUCAAACUACAAGACAUCGAGGAUGUCUAUCCCUGCUCUCCCAUGCAACGUGGUUUGCUCCUUAGCCAAAUCCGCGACCCGGAAAAGUAUGGUUACAAGGCCAUCUUCCAGGUCGAGACCUUUGGAGCAGAAAACGUUGAUGUAGAGCAGUUACGGGAUGCAUGGCAGUCCGUGGUCCGCCGGCACGCGACCUUGAGAACCAUCUUUGUCGACACGGUGGGUGACGAAGGCUUGAUGGACCAAGUGGUCCUCUGCAACGCCCUAGGGCGGGUCCAGAUGCUCAAGUGUGACACGGACAAUGACGCGGUGCAAAAGCUGCGAACAUUGGACUGCAUUGACUACAACGAGAAGAAACCGCCGCAUCGCCUCUCCAUCUGCGAAAGCAAGAGUGGCCAUGUCUUCUGCCGGCUCGAUAUCAGCCACGCCAUUUCCGACGGCUCUUCGAUGCCGAUUAUCCUUGACGACUUGACCACGGCUUAUGGCCAUGGCAUGAGCAGCAAACCGGUGCCCCUGUACCGUGACUACAUCGCCUACACCCAGUCGCAACCCCGGAGCGAGAGCAUUCGCCAUUGGAAGGACUAUCUGGGCGGUGCCGAGCCUUGUCUCUUCCCCGCGCUCGCGGAUGGGGAGUCGGAAACGGAACCAUCACUUGGUGCGCACGCCAUCACUCUCGGCGGCAUGUCCGAGAUCAACGACUAUUGCAUGAACUCCGGCAUCACCUUGUCCACCCUACUCCAGUUCGUGUGGGCUCUGGUCGUCCGAUCAUACACGGGCUCGGACGAAGUCCUCUUUGGAUACCUGGCGUCGGGUCGAGACGUUCCCGUUGCCAACAUCGAGCACGCCGUGGGCGCCUUCAUCAACAUGCUCGUCUGCCGUCUCCAGAUCCCAGCCAAUAUCGAGGUUGGCGAGGCGCUCGACACCAUGCAGACCGACCUCGCCGAUGCCAUGGCCCACCAGAGCUGCUCCCUUGCCGAAAUGCAACAUGAGAUGAAGACAUCGGGCGCAAUGCUCUUCAACACCGGUUUCACAUACCAGAAACGCACCGAGGCUGGUCGAGACCAAGCACAGCAAUCCUCGCAGUCCACCCUACGAUACCACGUCCUGGACGCCGAGGAUCCCAGCGAGUACGCCGUUGCGGUCAACGUCGAAGCCACCAACAAGUCUGUCGAAGUCCAUUUCAGCUACUGGAAAAACAUCGUCUCGGACGCCCAAAUCAAGAACGUUGCCGCCACCUUCGAGCAGGCUGUGAAGGACCUGAUCGCCGAUGGAGCGGACGAUCGCACCGUGGGAGAAUUGGACCUUGUCGGCCACGCGGGGAUCGAGCAAAUUACCUCCUGGAACGACUACGAACUGCCGCGCGUCGAUCAGUGCGUGCACGAUGUCAUUGGGCAACAUGCUCUUCGCCGUCCGGCCUCAACUCCAGCAGUGUGCGGUUGGGACGCAUCGUUUACCUACCGCGAACUCGACAAGGCCGCUACCGUUCUGGCACGCCACUUGGUAGCCCAAGGCGGCGUUGGGCCCGAGGUCUUCGUUCCGCUGUGCUUCGACAAGUCAGCCUGGACCGUCGUCGCGCAGCUUGCGGUCCUGAAGGCCGGUGGUGCCUUUGUCAAUCUUGAUCCUAGCCAUCCUAACAGCCGGCUGGAAAGUCUCAUUCAAGAUGUGGGCGCCAAGACCUUACUCUGCGCGCCGAAACACAAGGCGAAGAUGGACCAGAUCGCGGCCAACGUUUUCGUGGUUGACGCAGAGUCCAUUCGAACCCUCAGCCAAGCCGCAGAUGCUGCGCCGUUCACUUCGACAGCAAAGGCAUCCAACCCGGCCUACGUCAUCUUCACAUCGGGGACGACAGGCAAGCCCAAGGGCACCGUUAUCGAACACGGCGCCUUCUGUACUGGCGCGACCGCCCACGCCAAAGCCAUGUUUAUGCACGCCGAGUCGCGCGUCCUGCAGUUCGCCUCCUACACUUUCGAUGCAAGCAUCAUGGAGACGCUCUCCUGUCUGCUCGUUGGCGGGUGCAUCUGCGUACCUUCGGACGAGGACCGGAUGAACGACGUUUCUGCCGUGAUCCGCAACAUGGGCGUCACUUGGACGCUGCUCACGCCAUCCGUGGCGAGCACCGUCAAGCCCGAGAGUGUCCAAUGCCUCCAGACCCUCGUCACGGGUGGAGAGGCCAUGGCUGCCGGCCACAUCGCUCGCUGGGGCACCCAAUGCGCACUCGUCAACGCUUACGGGCCUACCGAGUGCUCCGUCGUCGCAACCACCAGCACCAAGGUUGACGAGUCCCGCCGUGUGUGCAACGCUGACCGCGCCGACAUCGGUACUGCGGUUGGAGGCCGUGUCUGGGUCGUUGACGCGCAGAACCCCGAUCGCCUCGUGCCCAUCGGUGCGAUGGGUGAGCUAGUGGUCGAAGGCCGAUUGGUAGCACGCGGCUAUCUCAACAACAAGGAACAGACCGACAAAGUCUUCAUCCGGUCGCCGGAGUGGACGCAACACCCGAGCUUCCCCAAGUCCAUGUGGUGCAACGAAGACAAGAUGUACCGAACGGGUGAUCUUGUGCGCUACAACUCGAACGGGUCCAUCUCGUACAUCUCCCGGAAGGAUACCCAAAUCAAGCUGAACGGCAGGCGCAUUGAGCUAGGCGAGAUCGAGUACCACUGCCGGACCGGCCUACCGGACGACGCACAAUCUGCUGUGGAGGUGGUGCUGCCGGCCACCAGCCGCGCCACAUCCAAGGCCCUCGCCGUCUUCUUCAGCCUCCCGAGCAACGCGUCGUCUACACCGACCUUCUCCCUCCUGCCGAUCAAUGAGUCAAUCCGCAAACUCGCGCUCGCCAUGGAAACCCAUGUAUCUACCAACCUCCCGUCUUACAUGGUCCCCCAACUUUUCGUCCCCGUCUCGGCCAUGCCAUGGACAACCGCGGGCAAGCUUGACCGAAGACAGCUCCGCCAGGCACUCGAAGAAGCCAGUCGCGAGGUGGUGGCCGGGUACAGACUUUCCGCUGCCGCCGCCGCCGCCAAGAAUCGGGGCCCCGCCACGGAGACGGAGAAGAAACUGCAGGGCCUGUGGGAAACUGUUCUUGGGCUCCCGGCCGGCUCUGUCGGUCCCGGGGACAGCUUCUUCCGCCUUGGUGGCGACUCUCUCACGGCUAUGCGUCUGGUCGGGGCAGCGCGUGCCCACAAGAUCGUGCUGACCGUGCUGGACGUCUUCGAGAAGCCCGUCCUCGCGGACAUGGCACGGGCGUGUGGUGGUGCCGAGGUGGCGGUUGCUCCCACGCCGGAGUUGAAGCCGUUUGACCUGGUGUCGCGCCCCCGAUCGGAGCUCGAUGCGCUUAUCGACGAGGUUUCUUCCCAAUGCAAGCUCUCUGGCGACCAGAUCCGCGACAUGUAUCCCUGCAGCCCGCUCCAGGAGGGCCUUGUUACCCUUGCAAGCAAGCAAGCAGGAGCAUACGUCGCGGUGAACAGUUUGAGGCUUCCGGGUCAUGUUGACUUGGACCAGUUCAAGGCGGCUUGGCAGGAAGUUGUCGACGAGACCGAUGUUCUGCGCACCCGGAUUGUGCAUACUGCCACGUCGGGCUUCCUUCAGGUCGUGGUCGCACCGCAGCCGAUCGAUUGGCAUGACGAGCCAUCGCUGAAGGAGGCGGUCCUCAAUGGCCAGGCACUCGGCUUACAGACCGGAGGUUCACUAGCCAGGUACGCUAUCGUAGAUGGCCCUGAAGGUCGUCUCUUCGUCUGGGGCAUCCAUCACGCUCUCUACGAUGGAUGGAGUCUUCGUCUGCUUGCGAGACGAGUCCAGGACAUGUACAACAACAUUGUCUCUGGGCCGCAGAAGACAAUCGCAACGACCCGCGCUUCGUACGCCAACUUCAUCCAGUACCUCGCGGCCAGAGAUAUGGUCGCCUCCGAAACCUUCUGGAAGAAUUCCCUGGACGGCGCCUCCUCCAUCGCGCACUUCCCGCAGCUCCCAGCCGCCAUUCCGAACCAGACCGAGACCCCGAGCUUCAGAUCGGAGAUUCGCCGGGUUGAUGUCCACCGCCGUGGCGUUCUCAGCGACAUCACCGUCCCUACCUUGGUCCGGGCAACAUGGGCCAUUCUCCAGGCAGCCUACACCGGCAUGGACGAUGUUGUGUUUGGAGAGACGCUGGCUGGCCGCAACAUUGAUGUUCCUGCUGUUGUGGAAAUGGCCGGGCCGACCUUUACCACAGUUCCGACGAGAGUACGACUGGACCGUGACAUGCGUCUGGCCGAUUUCCUCCAGCGCUUGCACAGCAUGGCCAGCCAAGUCGUCCCUCACCAGCAUUUGGGACUUCAGCACAUCAAGAGGCUCAACUCGGACUGCUCAGGGGCCUGUGACUUCCAAAACCUUCUCGUCAUCCAGACCGCGUCACCCACUUCCAGUCAGGAAGAGAAGUCCCAGGAGGCCGAUUGGGACUUCCAAGGUGGUUCCUCGACCGAGAGCUUCUUCACCCAUCCGCUUGUGGUGGAAUGCACCACCACUGACACUGCGAUCGAGGCCACAUUCCACUACAACGAGAAGGUGCUCUCCUCUUGGCAAACAAAGCGGCUUGUCUAUCAGUUCGACGCCGUACUGAAGCGUCUGCUUGAGAAAUCCGCAAACAAGGACGCCACUCUGGCCGACAUCCCAGCAAUCAGCCCCGAAGACCAAUCUCUCAUCGCACGGUGGAACCGCUCCAACAUGCUUGAGGCGGUCGAUUCAUGCAUCCAUCAUCUUUUCCUCGCUCGCGCCUCUGAACAACCUGAACGGAUCGGUAUCAGCGCCUGGGAUGCCGAGCUGACAUACGGCCAGAUCCGCGAAUAUGCGUCCCGUCUGGCACUCUACCUCAAUCAGCAUGGCGUCAAGCAGGAAACAUUGGUACCCGUUUGUCUCGAGCGUUCGGCUUGGUCGGUUGUCAUCCUAAUGGGCAUCUUCAUGGCCGGCGGCGCCUUCAUCCCACUGGAUCCCGCGCACCCUUUGAGCCGGCAGAAGGAAGUCUUGGAGACUAUCGAACCGGAUCUCAUAGUCUGCAGUCCGGAACACGCCUCUCGCUUCUCCGGCGUUGUCAACACGCGCCUCUCCGUUGACGGCGCCAUGCUUCGCGACCUUCCUCGGUCCAACGGACGGGCGCCCCCUGUUGUCACCAACCCCAGCAACACAGCCUAUGUGCUGUUCACGUCUGGCAGCACAGGGCGACCCAAGGGUGUUGUGGUUGCCCAUCGAGACUUCUGUAGCAGCUCGGCUGCGUUCACUCGCGUGUGCAACAUGGACGCGUCUUCGCGUGUCUUCCACUUCGCCUCCCUGACCUUCGAUGCCGCGCUCCUGGAGGUCGUGACACCGCUCACGCUCGGCGCCUGCAUCUGCGUUCCCACGGCACACGACCGUCUCCACGAUCUGGGAACCGCCAUGGCCCGCCUACGCACUACUUGGGCUUUCCUCACGCCGUCCGUCGCCAACCUCCUCAACCCGGAUCUCGUCUGCCCGACAUUCAAGACCCUUGUCUGCGGCGGCGAGGCCAUGCUCGCCGAGACCAUCCAGCGCUGGGCAGACCGCGUCGAGCUCAUGAACGGCUACGGGCCCACCGAGACCUGUGUCUUUGCCGUUAUCAACCCGCAUGUGUCCAAGGAAAAAGACCACACCACCAUCGGCCGCGGUACUCCGGCAGCACGGCUGUGGAUUGUAGACCCUAACGAGGGCUGCAACGACCGGCUCGUGCCUGUUGGCGCCAUCGGCGAGCUGGCCAUUAGCGGGCCCCUCAUGUCCCGCGGCUACCUCGGCGAUUCCGAGAAAACAGCCAAGGUAUUCGUCGACAACCCAGGCUGGGCAAGGAAAGAACUCCUUGGGGGCGCCACUCCGCCCACCCGCAUCUACCGCACCGGCGACCUCGUGCGGUACCGCUCUGACGGCGCCAUCGAGUUCUUUGGCCGCCGCGACGGGCAGGUUAAGGUCAACGGCCAGCGCAUCGAGCUGGGCGACAUCGAGAGCCACCUGUCAGCCGACCGCCAUGUGCGUCUCGGCGCUGUUGUCCAGCCAAAGAAGGGUCCUUGCAAGAAGCAGCUCGUCGGCGUUGUUACCCUGACUAGCACACAUCGUCCCGUUACCUCCGAGGGCACCGUCGCAAUCGCACCGCUGGGUGGCUCGCGAGAGCAGAUGACCCGGGUCCGCUCUGAGAUUGCCGACAUCCGGGCUCGUCUGGCCGAUCUCCUCCCGCACUACAUGGUUCCCGCCGCGUGGAUCGUGCUCGAAACCAUGCCGGUUGUUGUGUCGGGCAAAUUGGACAGACGGAGAGUGGCCGGGUGGGUUGAGGGGCUUGAGGACGCCGAGUACGAGCGUAUCGCGCAGAGCCUCGGUGUCAGCGCAGGAGAAGAGGAUGAGGAAGAGGAGACUGAAGUGACUGGGCCUGUCAAGACUUUGAGAGAGAUCUGGGCGAAGGAGUUGAACCUGCCCGUGGAGCGCAUCAAGCUCAAUCAGCCGUUCCUUGGUCUCGGCGGAGACAGCAUCAGGGCCAUGGGCGUCGUCUCGCGGGCUCGCAACGCAAAGAUCAAGCUAUCCAUCCAGGACGUGCUCCGGUGCAAGUCCAUCGUCCACCUCACCCAGCUCGCCAAGGGUCUUCCUUCAUCCGCACCCGCGACUAUUCACAAGGAGGAGGGAACCGAACAGCCAUUCGCACUGUCCCCCGUCCAAACCAUGUAUAUGAAAUCGGCCGUCAAGCAUGCCGGUGUCGCUCGCUUCAACCAAAGCUUUACCCUGGGUGUUCCCCGUCGGGUUACUGCCGAGACCAUCAAGAAGGCCAUCAAUUCUGUCGUUGAGCGACACGCCAUGCUUCGCGCGCGCUUCUCCAGAACGCAAGAUGGCAGAUGGGAACAGCGAAUCUCAAAGAUGGGCCCUUCCACUUACGCCUGCCUUGAACACCAUCUGCACUCUCGCGAUGAGAUGACUGCCAUCCUGGCAACAGCACAGGCCAGCCUAUCCGUCGAACACGGCCCUGUAUUUAGAGCCGACCUGUUCGACGUGGCCGGUCAUGACCUCACCAUCAUCUCCAUGGUUGCUCACCAUCUCUGCAUCGAUAUGGUUUCUUGGCGCAUCAUCGUCCAGGACCUCGGCCAGAUUUUGGAGACCGGCUCCCUCCCAGCUGAGAUGCCUCUGUCUUUCCGGUCCUGGUGUGCCCAACAGUCCGCGGACAACCGGACAGCCGAUGUCAAGAAGCUCCUCCCAUUCAAGGAGAGCUCGCCUAACCUGGCCUACUGGAAGACCCAGGGUCCACUCACAUACGGCAAGACCACCACUGAUGCAUUCACCCUGGAAGCGGGUACGACAAAGCUCGCCCUAGGAGAGUCCCACUACGCCUUCAGGUCCGAGCCGGUGGACCUUUUCCUCGCGGCUAUUGCCCACGCAUUCGCGAGGACGUUCCCGGACAGGGGUGUGCCGACACUGCACGUCGAGAGUCACGGCCGUGAGGCCCCCGAGGGCUCCAACCUUGACCUGUCGCGGACAGUCGGUUGGUUCACCACAAUCUGCCCCGUUGCCGUCCCUGACCAUGCCCGUCACCAUAAUGCCCUCGACACCCUACGACGGAUCAAGGAUGUACGACGCAGCAUCCCAGGCCACGGCAGGCCGUACUUCGCCCACAAGUACCUUGGAGCGGCCUCUGGCGACACGUGGUCUCCGAUGGAAGUCCUAUUCAACUACCUAGGUGGUGGGGUAGGUGCGCAGCAAAACGAGCAAGACGAUUCCGUCGUCCGCCAGGUCGAUCUCGAGGACGACGACCUAAGCGCUGCAGAUGUCGGAUCCGAGACCAGGAGGCUGGCUCUGUUUGAGAUCUCUGCCAUGGUUGUUGACAACAAGCUGCACUUCAGCUUCAUGUACGACAGCAGCCUCGACCGGGCAGGCGAUGUCCGCCAAUGGAUCAGCGGUUUCCGACACACUCUCGAAGAUAUGGUCAGGAGUCUCGCUCAACACGCCGCCGAGCCCACUCUGAGCGACUAUCCACUGCUGCCAAUGACAUACCACUCCCUCCGCACCCUCACCGAGGUUGCUAUCCCACGUGUUGGUAUCGACCGCGCCUCCUCUUUCUCCCAGAUUGAGGACAUCUACCCAUGCACGCCGGUCCAGGAGGGUAUGCUGAUCAGCCAACUGCGCAACCCGGAGGCCUACAUCUUCCACGCGGUCUACAAACUCACACACUCGAACCCCGGUCAUCACCUGGACGCCGAGAAGCUUGUACGGGCUUGGCAGAAGGUGGUGGACCGUCACGCCGCCCUCAGAACCGUCUUCAUCGAGAGUGUCCGCCGCGGUGGCGUCUUCGAUCAAGUUGUCUUGAAGAAGGUUGACUGUGGAGCCGUUCUCCUCAACAGCAGCGACCAGGACGCGAUGAAGAAACUCGGUCAAGUCACCCUUGCAAAGGCUAAACGGCCGCAACUCGCCCAUCGACUCGCGCUCUGCACGACAAGCAGCGGGAAGGUUCUCCUGAAACUCGAAGUCAACCACGCCGCCAUGGAUGGUGGCUCGCUUGCAAUCAUCCUCGAGGAGCUGACAUCGGGCUACAUGGGCGGUCUCACCAGUAUCCCUGGCCCCUUGUACAGCGACUAUGUCCAGUAUAUCUGUGCCAUGCCGGCUGGAGCUGACAGCGAUUACUGGAUGGGUUAUCUGAAGGACCUGGAACCGUGCUACUUCCCCAACCUCAACAGCAGCACGAUCACCCUUGUUCCCGAGAGCAGGAAGUUGUGCUCGACAGCUCUCGAGUUCAACCGCUACGCCGAGCUCCGUCAGCUCUCCGAGCGCACACACGUCACGCUCGCCAACAUCAUGCACGCAGCAUGGGCCUUUGUGCUGCGCAAGUACACUGCGUGUGACGAUGUCUGCUUCGGCUACCUCACAGCAGGCCGUGACGCCCCAGUAGAGAACAUCAGCCGCACCGUCGGCACACUCAUCAACAUGCUCUGCUGCCGUGUCAAACUCUCGAAGUCCAAAUCACUCGAGAGUGUUUUCAUGAUGGCGCAGGAGGAACACCUCCAGAGCAUUCAAUUCCAGCACUGCUCCCUGGCGCGUGUGCAGCACGAGCUGGGCAUGGCAGGGAAGCCACUGUACAACACUUCGGUUUCGAUCCAAAAUCAUGCGGAGAGUGGAGAGGGAGAGGGGGAGGACACCAUUCUUUUCGACAUGGAAAAGGCUCAUGACCCUAGCGAGUACGCCAUCACGGUCAACAUCGAAGUUUCAAAGAACAGCGAGGGUGUCGUGUUCCGAUACUGGUCUGACCAUGUCAGCGAUGAACAAGCCCAGGAAGUGGCUCGCUGCAUGGCGCGAGUCUUGGAUGCCUUCAUCACGCAACCCGCGCAGACCGUUAGGGAGUUGGACUCGACACUCAACGGCAAGACGACAAUCGCUCACCAACCAACUGAGGACCUGGUGAUCGACCCGAUGGAAGAAGGCCCGGGUGUGAUGACACCGAGAAGCAUGGACUCAUCAUCGUCUGGAAAUUCUCCCAGGACACCCAACAACGAGCUAGUUGACCAGGGUGCCUACGAAAAGACACUCCUCUCAAUGUGGAGCACUCUCCUCGACCUUCCUGAAGAUACCAUCGCUGGGCACGACAGCUUCUUCGACCUCGGAGGAGACAGCAUCACGGCCAUGAAACUCGCUGGCGAGGCCAGGGAUCAUGGUCUAUCGCUCACCGUCGCCGACGUGUUCCGGAACCCAUGCUUUGACGCCAUGGUCGCCCGAAUCCGGGCCACAACCGAUCUACACGCCAUGGGCAGCGACCUGGUCAAGAGCAAUAGCGGGACCAUGACUCCUCAAUCCAGCAAUGGCGACCUCUACGAACGGUUCUCACUCCUGGCGGCGUCAAACGUCGACGCCUUCCUACAAGCCAGCAUCGUCCCCCAGGUUUGUGUCUUCAGGGGUGGCAUUUCGGACGUCCUUCCCGCCACCGACUUCCAGUCACUCGCUGUUGCCGGCGCGCUCCUCGAGUCCAGGUGGAUGCUGAACUACUUCUACCUCGACGGCAAGGGACCUCUGAACGUCGUUCACCUCAAGCGGGCCUGCUUCCGACUGGUGCAGGCACUGGACAUUCUGCGCACCGUCUUUGUACCUUCCGGCGGUCGCUUCCUGCAGGUCGUACUACGCACUCUUCGGCCUGCUUUCCACGUCGUUGAGACAGAGGAGUCACUCGAUGACUUCCAAGUCGGACAAGAAGGGGGUGAACCCAAACUCGGCGAACCAUUUGUCGAGUUCACGGUAGUCAAGCACCUUUCCAGCAGCCGGCACAGGCUAUACCUUCGCAUUUCGCACGCCCAGUACGACGGCGUGUGCUUCCCCAAGAUUCUCGCCGCCCUCCAGGCCGCAUACAGGGGCGAGGCUGUUCCCCGUCCACCCACGUUCGCCAACUAUCUCCGUGCUUCGGCCGGCGCCCUGACAUCGGAACACUACCAGCACUGGAAACAACUCCUCGCCGGGUCUUCCAUGACCGAGAUCGUGCGCCGCGAUGGGCCAAACUACAACAGGAACUCGGCGGGCACGACUACCACAUGCCUCAAGAAGACAGUCCGUCUGCCGCCAGUCGAGUCCGGCCACAUCACCACCGCCACUGUCGUUAAAGCUGCGUGGGCAUAUGUGCUGGCACAGGUCUCGGCCAGCUCUGACAUCGUCUUCGGUCACACCAUCAGCGGGCGCAACGCCGCGGUCGAAGGCGUCGGCAACAUGGUCGGACCCUGCCUCAACCUAGUGCCGGUGCGCGUGCAAUUCGGCAGUGGGCCAGACUGGACGGCUCGCCAACUCCUCCGCCAGGUCCAGGACCAGCAGGUCGCCAACAUGUCACACGAAGUGCUGGGCUUCCGCGAGAUCAUCCGCCACUGCACCUCGUGGCCGCGCUGGACCUACUUCGCCUCGACGGUCCAACACCAAAACGUCGACCAAGGCGGCCAACUGCAGCUAGGCGACACCGACUACAAGGUCGGGUGUGCGUCGGUAGCGCAAGAGGACUUUGGCGAUCUGUCAGUCCUCUCGCAGCCGCUUGCCGACAACGACACGUACGAGAUCAUCCUGAGCUUUGCCGAAGGCGGAGCCGUUCCGCGCGACUUUGCCGAGCGCAUGCUCGACAUGCUCUGCAGCACCGCGCAGCUCUUUGCUACCGACCCGGACCUGGCCCUGCCCUCCGCCGCCGAUCUCCGCGGCAGGCGGCAGCAGACGCCAUUUGAUGACGUCCCGGCCUUCUCCGACACGGAGAACAUCAACAACAACAACCUAGGCUUGGAAACUACCAGCCUGAAACACCUCAGUGACGACCAGCUCACGGAUCUCACUGCAACCGUCAGCUCGGCAUGGCGUCAAGUCCUAAACCUGGACCCCGAACAACAACAACAAGAAACAACAACCACCCCAGCCGAAACCGAAGAAGCGAACCCCUUCGACAGGGAGACCUCCUUCUUCGACCUCGGCGGCGACAUCAUCGGGCUCGCGCAGCUGGCCUGGCUGCUCGCCCAACAAAAGCAGGGCGGCUCGUCGGCGGCCCCGCGCCUCGAGGAGCUGGUCGACAACCCGACCGUGGGCGGGCACAUGGCCCUACUCGCGCGGGGCCUCCCGGCGGCUGCCGCUUUGGCGCCGCCGUUGCCUCUUGCUGGUAGUGGUGGGGAUGUGCAGAAGGCGGCGACUUUUCCCCUAGUGGUGGUGGGGCAGAAGAUGGGUGGGAAGGGGGAGGCGCCGUCGAAGUUGGUGAAGGCUUUGAAUGGGUUGGUGAAGAGGAGGUUUACGGGAGGGAAGAAGAAGGGGGGCGUGGUGGAGAUUGUUGCUUAGGAGGAUUGUGCCUAAUCAGGGUGCGCGUGUGAUGGAUGCGGUGAUGGAAUUCUUCUUUUGUAGGGUGGUUUGAUUCAGGAGUUGGCGGCGGCGUUUUGGUUGACUAGGUGGUUUCUGUAUUUGGCGUUUGUGCUUUAUGCUAGUGUUUGGUUCGACCUCGAUUUGGCGUCUGUGCUGGUGUUUGGUUUGACUUCACUCAGUAUCUGUCUUGUCUGCUGUUCCCUUUGUUUUUAGUCACUAGACACAAGAAGUUUUUAUAUCAUACUGUACUGUUACGUCCUCUUCUUGGUGGUUGUGAUUCGGUAGUGACCACGCCCCCUUACCAUGGCCGCGUCAUCUUCCACCAUUUUUCGUAACCUCAUCUUCUAUUUAGCAACAGCAUUGAGG